UUGGUACUAUUGCAGCCACACAACACUAUUUGUGACUUUGUUUUGUCGAAUGGUGGACUUUGUAUUGUAACCUUUUUAUUGUAAAUACAUAUCAAGUAUAGUUUUAUUUUAAUCCUGUUAUUGUAAAAUUGGUAAGAAAUGUUUUCGUCUCAAAGCAGGCAGUUGUUAUCAUCGCAGUUGCGAAGGCUCCAAAGCACCCUGGUCAUUGCUGAACACAAUAAUGAAACUUUACUACCAAUAACUCAAAAUACCUUAACUGCAGCAAAGAAAAUUGGUGGUGAUAUUUCAGUACUAGUUGCUGGCACCAAAUGUGGUCCUGCAGCAGAAUUAGUAGCCAAAGCUGGUGGCAUUUCCAAAGUGCUGGUAGCUGAAAGUGAUGCUUUUAAGGGUUUCACAGCAGAGUCUUUAACCCCACUUAUCCUCGCUACUCAGAAACAAUUCAAUUUCACACAUAUUGUGGCCCCAGCAUCUGCUAUUGGCAAAGCUGUCUUACCAAGAGUGGCUGCCAAGCUGGAUGUAUCUCCAAUAUCUGACAUCAUUGGUGUUAAGGAUGCAAAUACAUUUGUGAGGACAAUUUAUGCAGGAAAUGCUGUGCUCACAUUAGAAGCAAAAGAUCCCAUCAAAGUGAUCACAGUUCGAGGCACGGCCUUCCCACCAGAGCCCUUGGAGGGCGGAUCUGCAGCGGUCGAGAAAGCCCCAGAGGGUGACUAUAAGACAGAUCUUGUGGAGUGGUUGUCACAAGAAAUCACAAAGUCUGAUAGGCCAGAGUUGACAAGUGCUAAGAAUAUUGUCUCUGGUGGUCGCGGUCUGAAGUCGGGAGAUAACUUCAAGCUGCUGUACGACCUAGCCGACAAGCUGAACGCCGCCGUGGGCGCCUCCCGUGCCGCGGUGGACGCUGGGUUCGUGCCAAACGACCUGCAGAUCGGCCAGACCGGCAAAAUUGUCGCCCCUGAUCUAUACAUAGCUGUCGGCAUCAGUGGCGCGAUCCAGCAUUUGGCUGGUAUGAAGGACUCCAAGACUAUUGUUGCCAUCAACAAGGACCCUGAAGCUCCCAUUUUCCAGGUCUCAGACUACGGAUUAGUAGCCGAUCUAUUCAAGGCGGUACCAGAACUCACCCAGAAAUUGUAAAUAACCUGAUUGAAGUGUUCGUAGUUCAUUUGUAUGAUGUGAUAUUUUUGGAAGCGUCACCGUUGAGGACAUAUUUAUCAUGUUUGUAAAACUUUUUAAGAAUAAAAUGUUGUUACUCUA